CAACUUGUUGUGCAAUGUUGCUGAGUUGGCUUAAUAUAUAAAUUCGGAUACAAAAAGUUGAAAUAACAGGUAGGAUAAUCAUUGAAAGCAAAGGACACCUAGCACACAACUAGGCCACUUUAACAGAAACAAUGCCACGAGGAAGAGGCAGAGGACGUGGCCGUGGAAGGGGGCGUGGUGGACGAAGUGGUCGAGGAAGAAGUGGCAGCAGGCGAUCUUUUCAGCAGCCAAAGGAUGACAACGAAGUAAAAAUAACAGAAGAGUUGGACAUAAGUAAAGACGUUAAGAAGUAUUUUAUUGGAAACGCAUCUGUUGCACAACAUUAUACUGCUCAAAAUGAAAACAAACACAAAUAUGCAGCAGGGAUGGUAGCUUUGAUGAAAGAUGGUGUGACAAUUACUCAAAAUGCCAGAGUAAGAGGUUUAACAGCUGCAUGGGCUAGACAUGAUUUUGAUAUGGCUAAUGCCUUGUUAUCAAACAGGGAAAAUUUUGGUCUGCCAGAAAUUUUGAAGGCAUUAGAGUUACUAGAUGCUGGAAGGCAAGUCAGAAUUCUUGAAAAGAGGAUGAAAAUGCUUCAGGUCUCAAAGAACAAGGUGAAUCCAAAGACCAUUGGGAAGCUAAAGUCUGACAUUGAUAACCUAAAUGCCAAGAAGUCACCACAUGGAUCAGCAAGCGGGGCAGUAUGUAAACACAUCAGACAGUGGACCAGAACAUUUACAAAAGAGGAACUAGAAUUCUUCACUGUUUUCCUACCCAAAGAACCAUGGAAGAAAUUAGCUGAUAUUUGUCAUUUCCACCCAGAAAAGGAUUUCCCAAACCUUCCUUGGUUCCUGAGAUUCUGUUAUGGAGAUGAACCACCAUCUGAUACCAUGGCUUACCAGUGUAAAGCUCUAUCAGCAGAAAAUAUCAAUGAAAUAGUAAAAGAAUAUCCUGUACCCUAUAGCCAAGUAAAACAGUAUAAAGACAAGCUGACCAGUGAAACAAAGGGUAGAAUUGCAGAGUACGAAACGAAAUUAGAUACAGUUUUAUGGUGGUAUGAAGAUUUACAGUGUGCAGAUGUAGAUAAAUUACUAGAAGAAAGAAUAUCUAAGGGAGAAAAGAUAAAUCUGCCAGAUGGAAAGUUUAUAGAAAGAAUGUUAACCAUCCAGAGCAUCAGAGAGAGUGACCAAUCAAAAGCUCCCUUUUAUAGACAUCUGCUUCCAAUUGGUCAGGAGAGAUUGGAUGCUUUGAGUUUACCAUUAGAUACACCCAUAGCAGUAAUUGGUGAUGCCUCUUCCUCUAUGCAGGUGGCAAUUAAAACAAGUUCUAUCAUAGCCGGACUUCUCAGUGCAAUAACACAAGCUAAAUUGUCAUUCUUCAACACAAAAGUCAUCACACCGGACAAAAACCCAGAGAGUAUAGAAGAAGUAUUGAGGUUAGCAGUUGACAUCAAAGCAGAAUCAUCCACCAACCCAGGUGUAUGUUUAGAUCCUUACUACAAGGCAAAAGAAGUUAUAAAGACUAUUAUAAUGGUAACUGAUGAAGAAGAAAAUACUUAUGUUGAAAAUCAGAGGUUUGCUGAACUGUAUGAGAAAUACUACAAAGAAGUUUAUCCAGCAAAGAUUGUAUUCGUUUCAUUCUUGCAUCAGCAACACUCAGAUGGACAGAUGGUCAGAGAAUUAAAAAACAAAGGUUUCGAACCAAUGCAGUUCAAAUUCCACCGACAACAGCCCGAUUUAACAAAAUUAGAUAGAUUGUUUGGACUCAUGUCCUCCGAAACGGAAACAUUUGACGAGGAAGUUGAUAAAUUAGAAACCAAAUUUAAACUUGAGGGUAUUGGUCAGUUAUUUGAAGGUAUAAAGAUGACCAGCACAGGACAAUAAUUUUUUUUUUUAUCAGUUGCAUAAUUUUAUUUUCUUAAUUGUUUCAACACUUUAAAAAAUAUUUUGGAAGCAAUACUUAUGGUUUUAUAUAUUCAUAAAACUUUCUUUUUUUUUCAUGAUAGUUUGUAGCUUAUGUUUCUUGUUCCGUAAUUAAUUCUUUUGUGAUUUUAGAAUUUAUCUCAGAGCAUUAUUUAACAUAAGAUUUAUGUAAAGGUUGUCACCUGCUAACUGUUAAAGGUUGGGAGUUUUUUUGUUAAUUAUUUAUUUACUGUGAUACAUUUACCAAUUGAUUUUUAUUAUCAAUGUUAUGUAAGUUGAUAAUUUAUUGUCAUUUAUUGUUAUUUUUUUAUGGUUAUGAAUGAACAGUUAAACUAUGACAUAGUAGUGAUUUCUUUAUAAAAUGUUAAACCAUGACAUAAAAGUGAUUUCUUUAUAAAAUGUUAAACCAUGACAUAAUUGUGAUUUCUUUAUAAAAUGUUAAACCAUGACUUAAUAGUGAUUUCUUUAUAAAAUGUUAAAGAGGGCUGGGGUAAAGGAUUUACAAUGUGUAUGCCGUUUUACUUGAUGUUUUCAUGCUUGACCUGGUUUUCUGUUGUUCAUCUAUUCGUUUAAUUUCAACUUACUAAUAAUUUAACCCUUGGUUAUUUUUUGUUGUUCAGCCUGUGGUGAAAUUAAACUCUUUGUUAAAUUCCUGAUUCCUCAGAUUCAACCUUGCUGUGGACCCAAGUUAGAAAAUUUGACCAAGGAAUAUUGAAUAAAGAAAGAUUCUUUGUUCAUUAAGUGUCAGUCUUUGUAAGAAUCAGACAAUUUAGAAGAAUUUCAAAACAUGGUAAAACAAAACUUGCUGACCUAACCAUCCUAUUUUAAAGUUAACCUCAUCUUGAGUUAGAAAUGGUAGGUCUUUUGUUUCUGUGUGUCUGGUAAUUCGAGAAAUCUAUAGAUAACUUUUGGUUAGAAUGAUAGCAAAUUACAGAGUUAGCUCCCCUGAAGUGGUAAUUUCUAAUACAUUUCAACCAAAUUAUAUCUUGAGAUACCAGAACUGGAAAACCAAACAAAUGUUAUAUUCUUGCACCAUUAUACAUUACUGGAAUUACUGUAAACUUGAGUGGUUUUUGUUUGUCAUGUUUUCACCACUGCCUGAUUCUUAGGCAGAUUGCCACUUUAAAAAAAGUCCUAGCUUGAUAGUCAAGGACAUCAAUAAUUUUCAUACGGCUGUUGUUCAUUUUUUAUGCGACCACCAUCAAUCAAGCCUCUUUUUAAACCCUGUCACCUUCUAUGCCCAUACAAAUAUUUCUGCAGCUAAAUUUAUCCUGUUAAGUAAGACCAUGUAUUAAUCUGUAAUCUUGUACAAUUCAACUAUUGUUUCUUUUCAAAGCAGAAAGUGUUCUCUGUCUAGGUAGCAUUGAAGUUGUACUAAAUAAUGAACUUUGACAGUGACAAAGGUUAUGUUUAUUCAAAUAAUCAUAUUUAUCUUCAAACAGUUUUCAGGGAUCCAAGAAAAGGGGGUUGAUAAUUCUCUAUUUUGAAAAAUAUGAAUGUUUAGUGAAAACUUAACCAUGGAUUAACUAAAGGUUAAAAAGAAGUUGAGCAACAGAAUUUUAACCCAUGUUUAUUAAAGUAAGCAUUGGUUAGAAGAUUUAUCAAUUGGUUAAGUAAGCAUUGGUUAGAAGAUUUAAUCAUAGGUUGUAUUUAAUCAAAAUAGCAACAACCAGGUCCUGCAAGGCUAUUUGUUGCCAUGUUUCAUGUAAAAUGAUAAAAAUGCACUCUUAAAGCCUUUGAAGUAUUUUAAUUCACUCUUUUGGUUUACUAUUUUUAGCAUAAUGAAAAUGUUGCUUUUCUCCUGAAUUGUUCACCGUUUUGUCAUCCCAGAGAAUUGUUUUCUAUUUUGGAUUAUCUGAUUUCAACCCCUUCCACCAAGCCCUUCCAAACACACAAAUGCAUGACCUUUAGGAAGAAAUCUGUUCUAUAGUUAUAAAAUAAGAUAGAAAAGAUAUGGACAGCAAUAUCAGAGCUGUUUCUUUGCUUUGAGUUUUUGCAUGUGUAUGGCUGAUUUUGUACAAAGAAUUACUGGUAUUCCCUACUUUUAAUUCCCCAAAUAAUGACUCUUUAAACACUUUCAUUUAAAAAGCAUUAAAAAUUAUAUGAGUUUGUAUCGAUCAUUUAAAGACAUUAUCUUACAUCACCUGUGCAAUAAAUCGUUAUAAAAUAUUUUAAUUAGUUAUUGACAUUGCUAUGAUGAUUUUAUUUUUUAUAAAAAAAAAUAUGAUAAAACUGACAGCUGAAAUUAAUAAAAAAAGUGUUUGUUACAUUAACAAGUUUUGCGAAUGUAAAAUUUGCUUUGCUCAUGAAAUAAUUUUCCAUUAAUCACUAACACUUUAAAAUAGAGAUUAGUUGAAACCUACAUUUUUGUUAUUCAUUUUAGUUUUGUUUGAUGUAUAUUUUUAGACACCUGUCAAUUUUUUAUUGUCCUAUUUUGAUAACAAAUAUUUAUAAUUUUUGGGUUUUAUCCAAAACAAAUUUAUUUGUCAUAAUUUUUUUGCGAUGCACACAAUUAGUGAAGGUGUAAAAACAAGAACUUUUAAUAAACAAGUUUUAAAUUAUAAUCCAGAUGAAAUCCCUUUAUAAUAAUAUUGUUAUUGAUAUAUGAUUGAAAUAAGAUGUGGUAUGCUCCAAGACAAUGGUAAUAGGGGGGUGGGAAGAUUUUUUUCUAGAAAUCCAGAUUUUACCAUAAAUCAGGAUUUACACUUUUCAGAACUCCGAAAUUAAUGAUGCAUUUAUGUAUUUGCAUUAGGAAAUAAUACUUUAUAUAUAUAUGAAUUUUUAGAGUUUUAAUUUAUUUUUGAAUAAACGAUUAUUUACACCAA